UCAAAAUAAAAAAUAAAAAAAAAAAAAAAAGAAAGAAAGAAAAAAAGAGGAGAGAAAUUUUGUUUUGUUGACAAACUCAAAACCUCUCUUGCACCCUAAGACAACAACAAUCUUCACAGCACUGUUGUUUAUUUAUUGUAAUUGUUCUUGAUUCUGUACAAAUUUAGAACAAGCCUAAUUAUUUUGUUGCAGUUGAGGGAGAAAAAAAAAAGAAAAGAGAAAGGAUACAAGAAUGGUGUCGCUAAAGCUGCAGAAACGAUUAGCAGCUAGCAUACUCAACUGUGGAAAGGGGAAGGUGUGGCUUGACCCUAACGAGACCGGUGAUAUCUCCAUGGCCAAUACUAGGAUGUUCAUAAGAAAGCUAGUAGCGUGCGGUAUUAUCAUCAAGAAGCCAAGAACAAUUCACUCCAAAUCUCAUGCUCGAUUGGCUUUACAAGCAAAGAGAAAGGGAAGGCACUCGGGUUAUGGAAAGCGAAAGGGAACAAGUGAGGCAAGACUACCAACAAAGGUGUUGUGGAUGAGGAGGUUGAGAGUUUUGCGACGUUUACUGUGUAAGUACCGUGAAUUAAAUAAGAUUGACAAGCACUCGUACCAUGAGAUGUACAUGAAGGUGAAGGGAAAUGUUUUCAAGAACAAGCGCGUAAUGAUGGAGAACAUUCACAAGGCACAGGUUGAGAAAGCGAGAGUAAAGUCACUUUUUGAUCAGACAAAGGCCAUGCAAUCCAAAAACAACAUUAUUAGGAAAUUUUAAUUUGAUGAAUAAGCAUUUAAAUAACAAAAUCAAAUAUGUUCAAUUGUAGUUGAGAUUUUGUAGAGUUUGUUCUAUAUAUGUUGUUCUGUGAUAUAUAUUGCUCUGUGAGUUAAUUCAAAAAACUUCUUUGGAUUUGAUACUUUGAGAGAUUAAAUUUUAAUUAUAAUUGCCGAA